AUGGGUGUGGCAGUUUGGGUCUGGGUCCUAGGCGCUUCCCUUCUUGGCAGCACUUUGGGAUUGCCAGAUGUGGAACCAACCAGGACUUGGGUGCCAGACAAUCCCAACUUGGGACCGAAAGUGGCCAACGAGCUGUGGUUCAGCCAGGUGAAGAAGCCAUUCGCCCACUGUCCCCAGUACAAGUUCCCCAUCAACACGAAUGUAAACUGCGUGGACACGAAGGAGGGGGGCGAGUGCGAGGUCAGCUGCCUCGGGACAAAUCACUUCUACGGCGAGCGCCAGAACGUGAGGAAGCUGAUCCUCUCCUGCCGUCGCGGUGCGUGGGGCAUCAAGAACGGCUCCCCCACGGCGAAGACCGUCCAGCAUUGCGAUGGAGCCUGCACCUGUCGGAAUGGAGGAAUCUGCAAUGGUGAGAAGUUCUGUCACUGCCGGAAGGGAUACGGCGGAGAUAACUGCGAGAAGAACCAGGAGUUCGCCUGUCCAGAGCGACCACCUCAGCUGCCGAAGAACUCGAGGACCGUCUGCCGAGGAGACACCUGUGAGGUGGAGUGCUCCCGGGGAUUCGCCUUCUCCGACCAACGCAGCAGAGUUCUUCUCAAGUGCAAGGGCACCAAGUACGUGGACAUGAGCGCGGAGUACUCUAAAAUGCCAGAGUGCGAGGCCACAUGUUCACCAAACUGUUUGAACGGAGGCAAAUGCAUUGCGGCCAAUGUCUGCGAGUGUCCUCCAAAUUACCGAGGAAAACAGUGCCAAUUCGACGUGUCCAGAUGCAAUUUGACGGACUUCAAUGGUAACUUUCAGUGUGAUCAUGGACCGGAAAAGUCAGAGUGUCGCCUGAGCUGCCCAGCAGCUCCGGGAGUUAGUGUUCAGGGAACUCUGGCCUCACGCUACGUCUGCGACUACGAAACGGGACAAUUCGAGCCCACACUCUCCGCCAAGUGCAUAUAUCCUCCCAAUCAAAAUGUUUCCCAGCGAAUUAGUACCUCUGACACGCAGACCAAUGGAACUGUGACAAUUACUCAAGGCAGGGUACUUCCCUGGCCGGAUAAUCUGAUCAGCAUCUGCGAUCGCUAUCGGCAGUACGACAAUAGCAGCAACUGGAAGCCCGAGGAUCCGGAUAUAGACGAUAUCGAUGGAGCUUUCCGAUUGCGGCCCAAGCCCAAUAAGGAUGUGAUUGUGGCUCCGGUACCAACGAUUUGUAGCUCAUGGAACGGUCGCAAUAUUCGCACCUUCGAUGGUUUACUGUACAGGCUGACCCUAAACUGUGCCCACACUUUGGUCAACGACAGGAUAUACGGGGCGUUCCAUGUGUCAGUGAAGAGCGAGACGCUCGAAUCGCCGCUGACCCUUCAGAUCCAAUGGCAGUCCGUACAGUAUACUCUGGAGAACCUAAAUGGAAGUGUGACCCUGUCCACGCCCGAGAAGCGCCUCCCUCUGCCCGUCCAGUUGCUUGGAAUGCGGGUGGUGCCCUUUGCCCAGCACGUCGAGGUGGAUCUGGAGUCGGUGGGUCUGCGGCUGGUCUGGGAUCAUCACCAGCUCCUCUCCGUGCGCGCUGGCGUGGAUCUCUGGCAGAAGGUGGGUGGCCUGUGCGGUCACCUGGACGGAAAUAGUGACAAUGACCUAAUGAGCCGAUCUGGAACAGUGUCGCCAUCCUGUCGCAGCUUCACCGACAGCUGGCGAACCGCCGAUCAGAACUGCGUGGCCGAUCCAGACGAACCUUUGGCCCAGUGCCGCGGGGAGCGUCACCUGGAGGCCGUGGAGAACUGCCGCCAACUACUGCACAAUGUCCACCUGAAGAGCUGCCUGGAGAACUUCAACCAGGAGACACUACUGCGAACUUGCAUCAAGGAUCACUGCUCCUGUCCGAGGGGUCAAUCCUGCACCUGCAACUUUUUGCAAUCGCUGGUCGACGAGUGCCGCUUCAAGGGCUCUGAGCCGGCUGUCAAGGAUUGGCGGAAUCUGCAGCUCUGUCCCAUCAGUUGCACCGGCGGUCGCAUCUACCAGUCGUGCGGUCCGCAAUCCCAGCCGACCUGCGAAAGCGAGGGAGUCACUGAAAAGGGUCAAUGCUUCGAGGGCUGCUUCUGUCCGAGUGGAAAGCUCCAGUACAAGGACACCUGCAUCGAGCGAAAGAUGUGCCCCUGUGAGCUGCGUGGUCGCGAGUUCCAACCGGGUGAGAGCCACCAGAAGGAGUGCAACACGUGCACCUGCCACGCCGGCAAGUGGCAGUGCUCCCAGGAGAAGUGCAACAAGCGGUGUACAGCCUUCGGGGAUUCCCAUUACCGCACCUUCGAUGGACGACGCUACGACUUCCAGGGUCGCUGCUCUUACUACCUCCUGAAGACCUCAACUCGUUCUGUAGAGGGUGAGAACAUCGCUUGCUCUGGGGCCUUGGAUGAGGUGGUGGAACCCUCUGCCACCGGGCCAUCCUGCACCAGAUCGGUGACCAUCCGCUUUGCGCUAAAAGAAGGCGGACCCACGGUCAUUAAACUCUCGCAAAAACUGCAGAGCUUUGUGAAUGGCGAGGUGGUCAGCCAACUGCCCCUCCAACUGGGCAAUGGCGAGGUGCUGCUCCGUUUGGCCAGUCACCACACCAUCACCGUGACCUUCGCGGAUGGUUUAGUCAUCUGGUGGAAUGGCGAUUCCACUGUGCACAUCGAUGCUCCCUAUAGUUACUACGACAACACGGCCGGUUUGUGCGGCACCUUUAAUGACAACACCAAGGAUGACUUUCUCACGCCGGAUGGAGACUUUGAGCACACGGCCUUGGCCUUUGGCCGCAAGUGGCGCACCAAGGAGCUCUGCACGGAUCCGGAACCUCCGCCAGUCAUAGCCACUCCCUGCUUAGGUAAUCCCGCCCAGCGAGCAGCGGCGGAGGAGCUCUGCUCUGCCCUCCAAUCGGACACCUUUAAGCCCUGUCACUGGGCCGUGGAUCCCAGUGGUCACUACGAGGAUUGCGUGGCCGAUAUUUGCGCCGGAAAUCGGAUCAAUAGUAGCAGGGUUCUCUGCGAACUGCUCUCCGAUUAUGCAGAUCUUUGCGUGAGGAAUGGCAUCAGGACCAGCUGGAGGCAGACCAUCAAGCAGUGCUCCAUCAAGUGCCCAGUUAACCAGGAGUACGACGAGUGCGGCGACUCCUGCGCCCUCAGCUGCUUUGACCUCGAGCAGCGGGAUCAGUGCAGGAGGCAGUGCGUCGAGGGUUGUCGCUGUCCCAAGGGCCACUUCCUCGACGAGCAGCAGGAGUGUGUUCCCCAGAAGGCGUGCACCUGCUACUACGACGGACUGAGCUUCCCGCCCGGCUACAAGGAGGUGCGUCCUGGCGCCAGGUUCCAGCAGUUGUGCACCUGUGCGGAUGGUCUGUGGCGUUGCCAGGAUGCGGAUAAGAACGAUCCUCUUGUUUACCCGCCACUGGGCGAUCUCCGCAAGAAGUGUGCCCGCAGUCCGUACGCCAAGUUUGUGAGUUGUGCGCCCAAGGAGCGGAAGACCUGCAAGAAUAUGCACAAUUAUGGAUCGGUGGAAAGCAAUGCCUGCCAUCCGGGAUGCGUGUGCCAGGAGGGCUUUGUCUUCGACGUGACCCGGCAGCAGUGCGUCCUGCCGGAGAAGUGCUCCUGCUAUCAUGCCGGUCGGAGCUUCGACGACGGCGACACCUUCCAGGAGCUGUGCAACCAGUGCGUCUGCCAGGGCGGCUCCUGGAAGUGCACCAGGAACGAGUGCGAGGCCACCUGCAGCGUGUGGGGCGACUCCCACUUCAGCACCUUCGAUGGCCUGGACUUUGACUUCCUUGGCGAGUGUGACUACGUGCUGUCCAAGGGAGUCAAUGCCGAGGGCAGUGGCUUCUCCAUCGUCAUCCAGAACGUUCUAUGUGGAUCCUCGGGCGUCACCUGCUCCAAGUCCCUCGAGAUCUCGUUGAGCGGCAAGGGCGGCUCCGAGCAGCUUAAACUGAGCUCGGGCGGAAUCUUUGGAACGGAUAAUGGCACUUCUGUCAUAGCACGACUUCGCAAGCAGAUCAGUUCGCAAGAGUCCAGUUCCUUCCACGUCUACAAAGCGGGAGUGUUUCUGGUGGUCGAGGUGGUCGCCCUGCGUCUCCAGAUCAAAUGGGAUGAGGGAACCCGGGUCUAUGUGAAGCUGGGAAACGAGUGGCGUGGCCGUGUGGGCGGAUUGUGUGGCAACAACAACGGGAACAGCCUGGAUGACUUCAAAUCGCCCUCGGGAGGCCAGGAGGCGGAGCCCACGCUCUUUGGCCACUCGUGGCGAACCCACCAACAGUGCGAGCUGCCGCUGCAGCCCUUCGACUCCUGCCACCGGAAUGGACAGCGGAGAUCCUGGUCCGAAGGGAAAUGCAGCAUCCUCAAGUCGCCCCUGUUCGCCGCCUGCCAUGUCCAGGUGCCACUGGAUCGCUACCUGAAGCGCUGCGUCUUCGACACGUGUGCCUGUGACCAAGGAGGCGACUGCGAGUGCCUCUGCACGGCGGUGGCUGCCUACGCGGAUGCCUGUUCCCAGCGGGGCAUCAACAUCCGCUGGCGGACUCCCCACUUCUGUCCCAUGCAAUGCGACACCCACUGUUCGGAUUACAGUGCCUGUACGCCGGCUUGUCCGCCGGAGACUUGCGACAAUCUGCUCGACCAGGGUGACGCCGCUCGGUUGUGUCACCACGAAAACUGCGUGGAGGGCUGCCAGGUGAAGCCGUGUCCAUUGAACCACAUCUACCUCAACGACAGCUACUCCACCUGCGUUCCCCGGACGGACUGCAAACCGGUGUGUCUGGUGAGGAAUGACAUCACUUACUUCGAGGGCGACAUAACCUACACGGACGAAUGUGCCACCUGUCGUUGCUCCAAGAAGAAGGAGGUGUGCAGUGGAAAGCCCUGUCCACCGACCACCACUACAGUGAAGCCACCGACUACGGGAACCGAAGAUCCAAAAGAUCCCUUUGGAAAGUACUGUGUUAACGGCUGGACACGCUGGUUGGAUCGGGGAUCCAGCUUGGGCGGAAUAAACCUGAACGAUCUGGAGCCACUGCCCAAUUUCGAUGCCUUCGAGAACAUCUACGGCACCUGCGAUCGGAGGUUCCAGAAGGACAUCGAGUGUCGGGUGAAGGAUACCAAGCAAUCCUACGAACUGGUGGAUGACAAUGUAUCCUGUGAUCUAAGCCGGGGUUUGGUUUGCGUGGGCAAGUGCCAUGACUACGAGAUUCGGGUUUACUGCGAGUGCGAGGAUUACGAUAUCACCACAUCUAGACCUCCACCACCUCCUCCACCGGGUGAAAAGUGCGAUCCCUCGCUGCAGAUCUUCAAGGAGUAUCCAGGAGAUUGCUUUAAAUAUUUGCGCUGCGAGCACAUUCCGGGCAACAGCAACUGGCACUGGGUGCCCGGAUCCUGUGGCGCCCACAUGAUGUACAAUCCGGUGAUCGGCGCCUGCGAUCAUGUUGCUACAGUAACCCGAUUGAAACCGCAAUGUGGAAAGAACAAGGAUCGCUGCCGGGAUGACGAGGAGUGGAACGAGUGCGCCAAUCAGUGUGAGCACACGUGUCACUUCUACGGACAGCAGUUGCUCCGGCGGGGCCUCUGCAAACCAGGGGAGCACUGCAGGGCAGGAUGUGUGCCCAAGAAGCGUCCGGAUUGUAGGAGCCUGGGGAAACUCUGGCGCGACGAGGAUACCUGUGUGGAUCAAGAUGAUUGCCCAUGCCUGGACGAUCGCAAUGAUAAGUACGUGCAGCCGCACAGGAUCAUCACCACGGAUCUCGAUGACUGCCAGUGUGUUUUCAAUCAGUUUGUGUGCGUCCCCAGGAUAACCACCACAGAGUUCCCACCUAUUGGAGGUCGUACCACCACUACUCCGCCCACCAUACCGACAACUCUAACACCACCUACUUUGUGUCCAACGAAUAGCAUGGUGCGCCUGUUUACGAGUGAGCAUCCUGUGCCUGAUUCGGCAUUCUCCGGCUCAAGCACCCUGGAUAGUAACUACGCAGCUCAUCAUUCCCGUCUGCACCGCAAACCCAAGCUGAAUGUCGGCGCCUGGACGCCUAGGAUCAGCGAUCAGACGCAGUAUCUGCAGGUGAACUUUGAGCGCCCACUCGGUUUUUACGGACUACUCAUCGCUGGAGAUCCGCACCUGGACCACUAUGUGACCCUUUUGAAGUUGGUCUACAGCCUGGAUGGCGAGGGGUACCACGAACUGAUUGGCCAGGAUGGAGAGCCACAAGUGCUGUUGGGUCCCAAAGACUCUCGCCUGCCGAGAGCUCAUGUCUUCCAGCGACCAAUUGAGGCCAAGUCCGUGCGGCUGUAUCCUCUCAGGUGGCACAACUCCAUUGCCAUAAGAUUUGACCUGUUGCUGUGUAACCAUGUGCCCACCACCACGCCUCCGUCACCAGACAGGACCACACCCCUUCCGCCCACGCGUCCGCCGAUCGAUGAUCUGAUUUGCAAGGAUCCUCUGGGCGUGGACAGUGGAGCUCUGCAGGCUCAUCAGGUUUCCUCCAGCAGCAUCUGGCUUUCCUCACAGCUGGACAGCGAUAAGGGACUCUUGGAUCUCCUCCGAUUCCGAUCCAAGUUGGGAUGGCGACCACUGGCUAAUAAGCAGGACGAAUUCGUUGAUUUUGACUUCCUUGAGCCUCGCAAUGUGACCGCAAUUCAGACACUUGGAGGAGCCUACGGAUGGGUCACCUCGUUCCGCGUGCUCUUCUCCUCGAACAAGUUGGUGUGGAACGAGCUGCCGGGUCCGCAGGGAGAUGGUCACAUAUUCGAGGGCAACCAGGACGGUCAUAGCAUCCGUACAAAUGGAUUUCCCCGGCCACUGGUGACACGUCAUCUGCGUUUGGUGCCCACGUCGUGGGAUCAGAACAUUAACUGGAGGAUUGAACCCAUUGGAUGUUUCGAGCCUUAUCCUAAUGACACCCAGAGGAGGCCUCCACCAACUCAAGUGUGCAAUCUGUGCGAGGGCAUCGAGUUAAAUAGGACCAUAACCAGGUGUCCUUGCGUCGAUGGUCUUUUCUGGACGGGAUCCAAGUGCGUGGAGCGCAAUCUCUGUCCCUGCCUGGACAUCUAUACCCCCUAUCCCAUUGGAUCUAAAUGGGAGAACUCCGACUGCGAGGAGUGCGUCUGCCUCUUGGGCGGCGUAAUCAACUGUAAGACAACGAAUUGCCCGAAAUGUCCUGAUCACAUGAGGAAUGUCCGGAAGGGUUGUCGCUGCGAGUGCCAGCUGUGCCCGCCAACCACUCGUCUUUGUCCCACCAGCGGAGAUUGCAUCCCCUCCGAGUGGUGGUGCAAUGGAGUCCAGAAUUGUGCCGAUGACGAAGACGAGACCUGCGAUCCCACACAUACCACUCUACAGCCACCCACCACUAGAAAACCUCUGGUGUGUCCACCCAUCGAGUGCCCACCUGGUUACACUGUGAAGAUCAGGGGCAAACUACCCAUAGCCUUCUCCCAAAUGCUUUUAAUUUCCGAAGAUCCCACGGAGGAUGGUUCCUUGGACCCGCUGAAGGAUUGGCUAGAGCCAUUGAAAUCCUCGGAGCAGCCAGAAAUUGCUGGAGCUGCCCUUAGGUUCGGUGGAAGACUGGUAGCCAAAUUUGGACCCAAACUGUGGAAGGUGGUUAAGAAACUGGGUUCCAAGAUGGGAAGUGCAAUUAGGGACGUUAUUAUCGAGAAAUUCGGCGAAAAGGUGGCGGAAAAAAUCGAUGAGCUGACGGCGAAGAAGAAGUCGAAAACCUUGACCCUCGAACGCCUGGAGUUCAAUGAGCUGCCUUUGCUUCCGGUUAAACCUCAACUGGAGCUCUCGACCUCUGAUCAUGAUGAUAUCAAUGAACUGCUCGACUUUCUGGGCGUUGAGCCCAGCGAAAUUCCCGACUUCUCUGGGGAUUGGGAUGAGUUCCUGGCUGAUGACGAAAAUGACUACGAAACGGAUCAGGAUGAAAUCAAUGACCUACUGAGUCUUAUGGGCAUUGUGCAACAGGAAAAUCUCAAUUUAUCCGAUAAUGGAGGAGAUGAAUCGCUGGACGCUGAAACCCAGUUUGUGCUGAAUGGAGCUGGUGUGGUGAAUGGUAGUCCAUAUGGACAAGACUUCCAACUGACCUCCGGAAUAAGGAAUUUUUACCAACGCAGAGGAAUCAUUAGGGUGAAGGAUCCCCAGGACUUUGAGCUAUGCGACGCCUUCUGUUGUAUUCCCCAGAGGAAUGUGACCUGCGAGGAUCCCCAGUGUCCCGUGGGCUUUGAACCAGUUUUGGAUACGGCUAGUCUGGGAACUGGAAGGUGUCCCACUUUCACUUGCCGGCGUCCCAGAGUUCCGGAUGAUACCUGUGACAUCACUGGACGGAUCUUCCGGACCUUCGAUGGAACGGUCUACAAGUACGACAUAUGUAGUCAUAUUUUGGCGAGGGAUUCGCAGGACAGCCGUUGGACGAUCAGCAGUCAACUGCAGUGUGCUCCCGAUCAGCCAAGUUGCGGUGCCAAAACCGUGAUCAUCAGCGACGAGGAGGAGGGAGUGACCAUAACCAUCCUGCCCAAUCAGCGGGUGAUCUACAACAACUUUGAGUUCAGUGUCCACGAUCUGGCGCUGGUCAGGUCGGUUCGCCGUUCCUUCGUCAUCAGCCAGAUGGGCGGCACCGUGGUCGUGGUGAGUCGCCGUCACAAAUUCUGGGUUCAGUAUGCCGCCAGUGGUAACAUCAGGAUCGGAGCUUCCCAAGUGCUCCAGGGGAGGGUAGACGGGUUGUGUGGCUUCUACAAUGGCCAGCUGGACGAUGAUAAGCGCACGAGGACGGGUCUGCAUGUGAUUAGCACCUCCGAUUUUGGCGACUCCUGGUACGACAGGAAGCUUCCACUUGAUAAGUGCCAUCCGCAGGUGUGUCCUGUGGAUCUACAGCAAAGGGCACUGCAAAUGUGUCAGGCUGUGAGACAUCCCUCAUUUGGAGGCUGUGGCUUAUCCAUCGAUGUCGAGGACUUCCUGGCCAAGUGCGUGGAGACAACCUGCGAGUGCCUGAAGACGAACGGCGGAGCCGAGGGCACCUGUCGCUGUGAUCUCCUCCAGCAAUUCGUGGGUCAGUGCCUGGCGGUGAAUCGGAAUCUCCUGCUGACCAGCUGGAGGAGCAUCCACCGCUGUGAGCCCACCUGUCGACCUCCGUUGGUGCACCACGACUGUCACCGCCAGCGGUGUGAGCCACAGUGCGCCCUGCCCAGGAGCCACUCGGCCUCCGUGUGUCCCACCAUUCCGAACACCUGCUACUCCGGCUGCUAUUGUCCCGAGGGCACUGUCCGUCGUGGCGAGGAGUGCGUUUCCCUGGACGAUUGCAAGGACUGCAAGUGCAGUCUGUUUGGUUUUAAUAAAUUCGUCACCUACGAUGGCAGCAGCUUCAGUUUCAAGGGCAAUUGCACAUAUCUGGUGACCAGGGAUCUCCUGCUCCCGGGAAGCUAUAACUUCCAGGUGUACGCCACCAUUGAACCAUGUGGCCUGACCAAAGAGCAGAGCUGCGUGUCCGCCAUCCGGAUUACCGCCGGUGAACACACUCUGCACAUCGAGCGACAUGGGAACGAAGUGAAGCUACUGGCCGAUGGCUACCAGGUGUUCCUGUGGCCCCACCAGUCGCCCUGGCUGAGAAUCAACCAGCCGGGGGAGCAGGAUCUGAUAGUGCAGCUACCCCAGGUUAAACUGGAGCUGGUGAUUAACCUAAACACUCUUCAAUUCCAGGCAGUGAGCAGCAGUUAG